UUCAACAUGGAGAGUGGAGCAGGAAAGCACUGGACUGAGGAAGAGGUUAAAGCUUUGCUAAGUGUCUGGGCAGAAAAAAAUAUACGAGAACAACUUUAUGGGACACUGAGAAAUAAAGGAAUAUUUAUUUACAUUGCUAAAAGGCUGCGGGCACUAGGAGUAUACAGAGAUUGGAAACAGUGCCGGGCAAAGUACAAAAAUCUCAAAUAUGAAUACAGAACAGUUAAAUAUGCCCACAACUCUGGAGACAGCUCUAAAACCAUGAAGUUCUUUCAUGAUUUGGAUGCCAUCCUGCAGUAUGAACCUGCCACACCGUUAACAGAGGAAGAUGCAAGUGACAGGUGCCUGGCAACGCUGAGCCCAAGUACAGCCCCAGAGACCACCGAAGGCAAAAUGUCAGUUACAUCAGAAGACAAGGAAGACACCUCAGGAAAUCCUUUACUUUUGGUUUCUCAAGUCAGACCAAUGGAACUAGGUGACUCUACAGCAAUAAUGGAACCCCCUAAUAAUCCAACUGUCAUUCCAACUGUAGCAAAUGAAGGAGGAAAACACUGGACUGUGCCAGAAGUCAGGGCUCUAAUAGGCAUCUGGUCUGAUCAAGGGAUACAGCAACAACUAGAGGGAACAAUGAGAAAUAAACGGAUAUUUGAACAAAUUGCUGCCAAGCUUCAGAAACUUGGAAUAGAGAGAGAUUGGAAGCAGUGCAGAACGAAGUACAAAAACUUAAAACAUGAAUACAAGAUUGUAAAAAUGGCUAGAGACCUAGGCAUGGCUAAAAGCAUGAAAUUUUUUACUGAGUUGGAUGCUAUUCUGGGACACAAGAAAACAGAAAACUCACAACAGGAAUCCCAAGAUGAAGAGCAAGCCACAGGAUGUGCCCAUGUAAAGAUGGAAGAGGAUCAGACAGUUAUUGCUGGAGAUGCAGCUGAAGAUGACUUGGUCAGUAAUAUGUCAGAAGACCUACGAGAGACAUAUAUGAGACAAAGCCCUUGCACAGAGGAAGACACUGCAAGUAAUGCCUCAGAUGAGGUGGGCGGCCUCACAGUGCCACACGGUAUCCCUGGGUCAGAAUUAUUUGAAAAUCAUACCAAAAACCCAAGAACUUUGAGCAUCAAGAGAAAAGCACUUGAAGAUGAACCGGCAUCUGUAUCUCUUAAGAAAACUGCUUCUGAGACCGCUGCAAAUCAGUUUCCUCAAAGAACAAUAGAACCAAAAGAUUCUUCAGAAUAUUUCUGCAGUCAGGAGACUCCCUACGUGACCCAACUUCAUCAGAGUCCUGCGUCUCUUCCCAGCGCGGCCGAAGCUCCCGGACCACUCCGGACAAUGGCGGCAGUCGAAGUACUGAAGAUUGGUAAAAAACUCUAUGAGGGUAAAACAAAAGAAGUCUAUGAAUUGUUGGAUAGUCCAGGAAAAGUCCUCCUGCAGUCCAAGGACCAGAUUACAGCAGGAAAUGCAGCCAGAAAGAAUCACCUUGAAGGAAAAGCUGCAAUCUCAAAUAAAAUUACCAGCUGUAUUUUUCAGUUGUUACAGGAAGCAGGUAUCAAAACUGCUUUCACCAGAAAAUGUGGGGAGACAGCUUUUGUUGCACCGAAGUGUGAAAUGAUUCCAAUUGAAUGGGUUUGUAGAAGAAUAGCAACUGGUUCUUUUCUCAAAAGAAAUCCUGGUGUUAAGGAAGGAUAUAAGUUCUACCCACCUAAAGUGGAGAUGUUUUUUAAGGAUGAUGCCAAUAAUGAUCCACAGUGGUCUGAGGAACAGCUAAUUGCUGCAAAUUUUUGCUUUGCUGGACUUGUUAUAGGACAAACUGAAGUGGAUAUCAUGAGUCAUGCUACGCAGGCUAUUUUUGAAAUACUGGAGAAAUCCUGGUUGCCCCAGAACUGUACACUAGUUGAUAUGAAGAUUGAAUUUGGUGUUGAUGUAACCACCAGAGAAAUUGUCCUUGCUGAUGUUAUUGAUAAUGAUUCCUGGAGACUCUGGCCAUCAGGAGAUCGAACUCAGCAAAAAGACAAACAGUCAUAUCGUGAUCUCAAGGAAGUAACUCCUGAAGGGCUGCAGAUGGUAAAGAAGAAUUUUGAGUGGGUUGCAGAAAGAGUAGAGUUGCUUCUGAAACCAGAAAGUCAGUGCAGGGUUAUAGUAUUGAUGGGCUCAACCUCUGAUCUUAAUCACUGUGAAAAAAUUAGGAAGGCUUGUGGAGAUUUUGGCAUUCCAUGUGAACUUAGGGUCACCUCUGCGCAUAAAGGACCAGAUGAAACUCUGAGGAUUAAAGCUGAGUAUGAAGAAUCUUUAAGGUGCUCUAGGAGCUUAUAAAAGAAUGGAUCAGAGAGAAAAAAUUGAAAAUGCAAGCAUGGGAGGAAAAUGAAGACUAGAAUUAGUCCUUACCUAAUCCCCUCAAGCACUGUUUCUAGUACCCUGUAACAGAAAAUAGACCUCACAUCAAUUACAGAAGAAAGGGCUGAGGUUGAAGCUGCAGGUCCUCUCAGGUAUCUCUAAUGGUCGGCCUUUCCUGGGAGACAGUCAAACAUGAAAUGAAGGAACAAUUUCAGAAUUUAGUAUAUAAAAGAAAUGUCUUGAUGGGAUAGCAUCUAAAAUAAGGAGCGCUAUAGACUGGAAUGAUUCUCAACUGGAGAAAAUAUUGGUUGUAUAUUCCUUCUAAAGGUAGUUGCUAUAGGAGUACAGUUACUGAAUUUUUAAGAGCUUUUUUUGGGAGGUGGGUGGAGGCCAGACCCCUACAAUAAGCUAAUAAAAACCAGGUCUCUUUCUCUUCAGAAAAAUGCAAACAUAAAAUUUUGGAUUCCAAGUAGACUGCUGUAGGAAACAAAUAACUUAGGAAUUUAUGAAAGAAUAAGAUGUUUAUGAGAUGUGAGAAAAAAUUUAUUGAAGAGUCUUAAAUAUUGGGGUACUCUGUUAUUGAAUUCAGUUCCUUAAGAAGUGUCCCUCAACCUCUAGUGUCUGUUAACUGCGUGUCUGCCAUACCCUGCGGGUCAGGUGGUGUCAUUCUUUGCUUCGGUGAGCCAAAGCAGCAAUGGUAGCAAGGGCCUUUGAACAUUCCCUCUCUCACACCCGUGUGUUAACACCUCCUUAAUGCUACAGAUCUCAAAGAUGGUCAGAACUCUUCUUGCCACUUCAUUGCUUGACAUCCAGUAAGUGGCAGGAUGAACCUUGUAUUUUGAAUAUAUAUUUAAUAAUAGUGUCUUAAUAUAGUGCUUUAUCUAGAGACUCCUGUUAAAGGAACUCAGGGAGUUACUACACAGGGACCCCUUUUUUUAAAAACUAUGUUGAAAUCUCUUUUGAGUGCUUAGUGUAAUUA